CAACAAAAAAGUUUAAAUGAAUGAGGAAGCAGUGAACUGGAGAGCUAGGAAGAAAAUACGAAUUCCCAAGCGAGGAAAUACGCGGGACGUGGUUUUUAGCAUGAUCUCUUUUGAGUGCAUAAAGUGUGAGGGUGUUGACCCAAGCUUACUCGAUAUUCUGCAAUCAAUUACAAGUAUUUGAGGACGACGUCGUAACAUUUUGGUAAUCGCCACACCUUCGGUUGUUGAUUACCAUCAUGAGAAGGAGGAGGAUACGGCGAAGGUGCCCGAUGAAGAGCUCCGGGCCCGCCUUUCCGACUGACGCUUCUCCCUCCCUCUACCAUCGAAGCUCCCCCCGCUACUACUAACUUUCUGAACUGCCUUAACACAGUCAGCUGUGGAAGAUCGUACCCGAAGUCAAGACCAGCUACAUUUGUUUUGUUUUUAAAUAGUAUUUGAGAUGAUCUUUAAUGAAAAGCGCUAUCUAAAAUAAAUGUACUAUUAUUAAACAGAAAUAGAGUUCCAGGUCACACUUUAUUUGUUUAGUUCCAAAUAAAUGAUUUACAGCCAGGCAUACUUUCGACCAACGAUCUGUUGAUAAUAACUGCUUGCUAAGGUUAUGGUUCGCUUAGAAUUCGUGUAAGAGUUACGUUUAGGGCAAGGGUUAUGAUAAGGGCAUGGCUUAGGGUUAGUGGAUAGCGGUAGUUAGUUGAAAUGUUGACCGUUAUUGAACAUCUACAAACCAUCUAUUUGGGACUAUCCAAAUAAAGUGUUACCGAAAUCCAUUCUAAACCCUGCAUAAUGGCAUUCUGCAGAUAUGGGACAUAAAGAAUCCCAUUUCUAUGCGACCGGGAGGGUCACAAUGCCGACGCUUCACAUGGAACUCCAGAACCCAAGAGAUAUGUCCAGAACUCUCAAUAAAUCUUCAGUUCUUGAUCGAAAACAACGAGAGAUACAGCAUUAGCGAGAGAGACAGCAUUAUGGCGAGCUUUUCAUUCAUUCUCCCUGAAGACGGAGAUUGUUCUUUUAAGGACAACAACGUUAACUCAGGGUGGAUCUCAAUGGUGACCCAACUCAACACCCUUGAAGGUCCAGAGUCAGAGAGUCAGAACAUUGUUCAGAGCUUUGCAGAGGUACUUGGUGACAAGUACCACGACGCGACUGCCAUCAACAGCGCUCUGCUCUGGACUGUUGGGUACACCCCCUACAUUCCCCCAGCUCUGAGAGGAAGAAGCUUCCCUUCUGUCGAGAGCUUCUUCCUGGAUGAGUGGGAGCCACUGACACUCCUGCAGACUCCUCAGGUUCUGUCCACCAGUGUUUCCAUCGAGGAAGACAACCUGAUCCAGUCUGCUGCAGGCCUAGUGUCUCAGGUUCUGUCCACCAGUGUUGCCAUCGUGGAAAAUGACCUGCUCCAGUCUGCUGCAGUCCUAGUGUCUCAGGUUCUGUCUACCAGUGUUGCCAUCGUGGAGAAUGACCUGAUCCAGUCUGCUGCAGGCCUAGUGUCUCAGGUUCUGUCUACCAGUGUUACCGUUGUGGAGAAUGACCUGAUCCAGUCUGCUGCAGGCCUAGUGUCUCAGGUUCUGUCCACCAGUGUUGCCAUCGAGGAAGACAACCUGAUCCAGUCUGAUGCAGGCCUAGUGUCUCAAGUUCUGUCCACCAGUGUUUCCAUUGUGGAGAAUGACCUGAUCCAGUCUGCUGCAGUCCUAGUGUCUCAGGUUCUGUCCACCAGUGUUUCCAUCGUGGAGAAUGACCUGAUCCAGUCUGCUGCAGUCCUAGUGUCUCAGGAUAAUGACUCCACACUGAGAGACUCCAACCAACCUGAGAUCCACGUGGGCGAUGUCUCAACCAAGAGAAGUAGACUUACCAUCACUAUUUCUAUGGUUUCAACCAAGAGUUGCCUUGUUGCUUUACAUGAAGUUGAUGCUAGUCCUACAAGCCUGGAGCAAUCUGCCGAGAAAAUGUCUACUUCUACUACUGAUGUCAACGACAUCUCAACUGCGGCUGCCAAGAAGAAGAGGUGUAGAUUAUUCUCAUUUGUCUGGAGAGCUCUCAGGGGGAAGAACAAGAAGCAUCAAAGCUAAAGUGGCUUCCAAGAAAGAGGACGAAAUCAACAAGGAUGUGAGCAGCCUCACCUGCCACCACAACACUACACAGGGAGAUCACUGAUGCAGGCACCCACAAUGGUGUUCCUAUGUUUUAUCCCACUUUGUCUUCAUCCCCAAAUCCCUUUCCCCCACCCCACCUGUUUUAUCUUCACUAAACCUUUUGUCAUUGCAUUUGAUUGUGCUUUGUCUUCCAUUGGGAUCACUGUCAUUGAAAAGGGAAGGGGUUUCGUAGUUCAACUACUUGUCAAUAAAUCACUGGUUAACUUCAAAUUGAGACAACCGAGGCAAAGACGUUGUUGCUAAUGAGAUCAGUUAUAUCCACAUUUUCCUGGAGAAUAACAGGCAUUCUCGCUCAGGGCCUCAAGAUGGAGUUGUAAGCACAAUUAUAAUGCUUCCCCUCAUAAUGAUGCUUUUAUCAGCUGUUGGAUAUGGGGAUAUUCCCAUAUUAGGAUUUCCUGUGGGAGAUUUAUACCGGUGAAUAAGUAUGAUAAUUGGACAUGGAUUGUCUCUGGCUACUGAGGAUUUCCAUCAUAUGAUUGUACCCUAGGUUAUGAUUCUGUUAUGAGGUUUACAAUGUAGUUGUCUCCUUAGACAUGACUGACUCAUGGUAUUGAAAUCUAUUACACCACAUUGAUGCACCAUGAAAUAACCCACGUGUGUAGGAGUUUAACCACAGGCUUAAUGUAGCCAAGGUGUCCAUGUCAUGCAAGUGUGUUUUCCGUUUGUUCUUUGUGAGCUAUUGCCAGAUGAAUAUAUAUAACAGAUGAUAUGACAAGGCUGUAGUUUAUGUUUCCCCUCAUUUUUCAAACCACCACCAACAAACACCAACCCUGUUCUCAAUUAAAUGCACCAUUCCAUUCCA